CCUUUGUUACCAAACAAGUAGUGAUUUGGGAAUUCAUGUGACUUUGAGUCGAUUUGUUGUUGUGUUUGAAGGGAACCGAUGGCUCACCCGAUGUCUGGUCAGGCCUUAGGACAAGCCAUGACUCAACCCAUGGCAGGACAACCGCCACCCGUGGGUGCAGUGUCUCAACCGGUGUCAGGCGGGGGUCCGUCGGCACCACAACCGUCCGAACAGAAGUACGAUUUGAUCGCAAGAGUCCGUCAACUCGUGUGGACUCUGAAGGAGUCGCUGGCAAAUGUGAUGAAAGUGUCCGCACAUAACAUCCAACACAACUCGCAGAUUGACAGCGGAUUGAAAGCGAGUGAAGAGUCCAAUAGUGUCGUGCGUUUUGACAAAGCGUUAGAAGACUUCUUCUCCAUUUGUAAUCAAAUAGAACUCUAUUUAGUGAGUGAUUCCUCGGCUGAGAAUAAAACAAUCCUGGAGUGUGCCAUACAGGCCAGGGAUAGUCACCAAUACCUGCCCUUCACUGUCAAUAAGACGGACAAUAUAGAGACGAACCCUAAUAUGACGCCCGACUCGAUGUCAUACAAUCAAUACUUAAUGACAAUCAAAGGUCAGGUGAACUUCGCGAAGAGUAUUCACGACAUGUUAGUCGAGGGCUCCAAACGCAUCACUCAACCCGACCUUCCAAUCAAUCCUACAAUGAGUUCAACGGCUCCGACACCUAAUAAUUGAUUGCAAUUGACGGC